AUGAAUUGUGAUAUGCAUCUAUUUGUUACUGUUGGAUCAACUAAUUUUGAUGAACUAAUUAAAUAUAUUGAUGAUGAACAGUUUCAUUUUUUUUUAAGAAAUUUAGGGUUCUCAUAUAUGACGAUGCAAAUAGGUAAUGGUACUUAUAUACCUAAACUUAUAUAUACAAAUGAUAAUAAUAUAAAUAAUAAUAAAUUUUUAAAACAAGUAAAAUAUUUUACUUAUAAAACAAAUUUAAAUAAAUAUUUUGACAAGGCACAUUUUAUAUUAAGUCAUUCGGGAGCAGGUACUACAUUAGAAUGUUUAAGAAAAAAAAAAAAAAUUCUCAUUGUUGUUAAUAAUAAAUUAAUGAAUAAUCAUCAAUCCGAAUUUGCAAAUUAUAUGUAUUCAUGUAAUUAUUUAGAUAUUUGUAAUAAUCUACAAAAUUUAAAACAAAAUAUACAUCUAUCUUUAAAAAAACACACUUAUAAUGCAUUCCCACUAGCAGAUGCCCAACCAUUUUUAAAGGAUCUAUACAAUUUAAUAUAUAAUUAA